GGGCUCAAAGCGGCGGCGGUGGCGGCGACGCGCCGGUCUUCCCUCCCCGGCUCGCCCUCGCCGGGGCGCUCGCACCUCCUCCCCAUACCUGAGCGGGGAGCGGCGGAGCGCGGCCUCGCCCCCGCCCACCCGCAAGUCCUGCUCGGCCGCAGCUGCGCCGCCGCGGGAGUAAAGGUCGAGCCGGCCGCGGUGCCUCCGGGAAGCCGGCUGGGCAGGUCGGGGUGGAGGAGCAGGCGCUAGCGAGAAACUCCGGACCGGUCGAGGAAGAUGGCGCCAGGAGGGCCGGCGGCCGACUGAGAGCCGCGGCAGCGGGGAGCGGGGAGCCGGCGUCCCGGCGGGCAGGCGCGAUACACAAGGGUCUGGAUUCCUGACCCAGAUGAAGUGUGGCGCUCGGCUGAACUAACCAAGGACUAUAAAGAGGGAGAAAAGAGCCUCCAGCUCAGACUGGAAGAUGAAACUAUUCGGGAAUACCCAAUUGAUGUCCAAAGCAACCAGCUGCCCUUCUUGCGGAAUCCAGAUAUCUUGGUGGGAGAAAAUGAUCUCACUGCCCUUAGCUAUCUCCAUGAGCCUGCAGUUUUGCAUAACCUGAAGGUCCGGUUCCUGGAGUCCAACCAUAUAUAUACUUACUGUGGUAUUGUGCUUGUUGCCAUUAACCCUUACGAGCAGUUGCCAAUCUAUGGACAAGAUGUCAUCUAUGCCUACAGCGGCCAAAACAUGGGCGACAUGGACCCCCACAUCUUUGCUGUGGCAGAGGAAGCCUACAAGCAGAUGGCCAGAGAUGAGAAGAACCAGUCCAUCAUAGUCAGCGGGGAGUCUGGAGCUGGGAAGACAGUGUCAGCCAAAUAUGCCAUGCGCUAUUUUGCCACAGUCGGUGGUUCAGCCAGUGAGACCAACAUUGAAGAGAAGGUCCUGGCAUCCAGUCCCAUCAUGGAGGCCAUCGGGAAUGCCAAGACCACUCGCAAUGACAAUAGCAGUCGCUUUGGGAAGUACAUUCAGAUCGGCUUUGAUAAAAGGUACCACAUCAUUGGCGCCAACAUGCGGACCUACCUGCUGGAGAAGUCGAGAGUGGUCUUCCAGGCAGAUGAUGAGAGGAAUUACCACAUCUUUUACCAGCUCUGUGCUGCUGCCAGCCUCCCGGAAUUCAAAGAGCUUGCACUGACAUGUGCAGAGGACUUUUUCUAUACAUCGCAGGGAGGAGACACGUCCAUCGAGGGUGUCGAUGACGCAGAGGAUUUUGAGAAGACUCGACAAGCCUUCACACUUCUUGGAGUGAGAGAGUCCCAUCAGAUAAGCAUUUUUAAGAUAAUUGCUUCUAUCCUGCACCUGGGAAGUGUGGAGAUUCAGGCUGAGCGUGAUGGUGAUUCCUGUAGCAUAUCACCCCAGGAUGAACACCUGAGCAACUUCUGCCGCCUGCUAGGGGUGGAGCACAGUCAGAUGGAGCACUGGCUAUGCCAUCGCAAGCUGGUCACCACCUCAGAGACCUAUGUCAAGACCAUGUCCCUGCAGCAGGUGGUCAACGCUCGCAACGCCCUGGCUAAGCACAUCUACGCCCAGCUGUUCAACUGGAUUGUGGAACACAUCAACAAGGCCCUGCACACAUCCCUCAAGCAGCACUCCUUCAUCGGGGUCCUGGACAUCUAUGGGUUUGAGACCUUUGAGGUAAACAGCUUCGAGCAAUUUUGUAUCAACUUUGCUAAUGAAAAGCUCCAGCAACAGUUCAACUCGCAUGUAUUCAAACUGGAGCAAGAAGAAUAUAUGAAGGAGCAAAUCCCUUGGACCUUGAUUGAUUUCUAUGAUAACCAACCUUGUAUCGAUCUCAUAGAAGCUAAACUGGGUAUCCUGGACUUGUUGGAUGAAGAAUGUAAGGUCCCCAAAGGAACUGACCAGAACUGGGUUCAGAAGCUAUAUGACCGGCACUCAAGCAGCCAGCACUUCCAGAAGCCCCGCAUGUCCAGCACAUCCUUCAUUGUUGUCCACUUUGCAGAUAAGGUGGAGUACCUUUCAGAUGGUUUUCUUGAGAAAAACAGAGACACAGUGUAUGAAGAGCAGAUCAACAUCCUGAAGGCCAGCAAGUUCCCGUUAGUGUCUGACUUGUUUCGUGAUGACAAGGAUGCCAUUUCUGCCACCACCCCAGCGGGGAAGGGGUCAUCUUCCAAGAUCAACAUUCGCUCUGCCAAACCCCCCAUGAAGGCCUCCAACAAAGACCACAAGAAAACUGUGGGCCACCAGUUCCGCAACUCACUGAAUCGCCUCAUGGAGACCCUAAAUGCCACCACACCACACUAUGUCCGCUGCAUCAAGCCCAACGAUGACAAGCUGCCGUUUUACUUUGACCCAAAGAGAGCCGUGCAGCAACUCAGAGCCUGCGGGGUAUUGGAGACGAUUCGCAUCAGCGCAGCGGGCUAUCCAUCCAGGUGGACCUACCAUGACUUCUUCAACCGGUAUCGGGUGCUGGUCAAGAAGAGAGAGCUUGCCAACACCGACAAGAAAGCCAUCUGCAAGUCUGUCCUAGAGAGCCUCAUCAGGGAUCCCGACAAGUUCCAGUUUGGCCGCACCAAGAUCUUCUUCCGGGCAGGCCAGGUGGCCUACCUGGAGAAACUGCGGGCUGAUAAGUUCCGAGCAGCCACCAUCAUGAUCCAGAAAACUGUCCGGGGAUGGCUGCAGAAGGUGAAAUACCACAGGCUAAAGAAGGCUACCAUUACCCUGCAGAGGUACUGCCGAGGAUACUUGGCCCGCAGGCUGGCUGAGCACCUGCGAAGGACGCAUGCAGCCGUGGUGUUCCAGAAACAGUACCGCAUGCUGAGGGCCCAACGAGCCUACCAGCGGUUCCGCAGGGCUGCCGUCAUCAUCCAGGCCUUUGCUCGGGCCAUGUUUGUGCGCAGAGUCUACCGCCAGGUCCUUAUGGAGCACAAGGCCACCAUCAUCCAGAAGCAUGCCCGGGGCUGGAUGGCACGCAGGUGUUUCCAGCGGCUGCGACAUGCAGCCAUCGUCAUCCAGUGCGCCUUCCGCAGGCUGAAAGCCAAGCAACAACUGAAAGCCCUCAAGAUAGAGGCCCGCUCAGCAGAACACCUAAAACGCCUCAAUGUGGGCAUGGAGAACAAAGUGGUCCAGCUGCAGCGAAAGAUUGAUGAACAGAACAAAGAGAUCAAGACUCUGUCGGAGAAGUUGUCUACCAUCACCACCACUCAUGCCACGGAGGUGGAGAAGCUGAAUCGAGAGCUGGCAUGUUACCAGCAGAACCAGGGGGCUGAGGUCAGCCUGCAGCUGCAGGAGGAGGUGCAGAGCCUGCGUACUGAGCUACAGAGGGCCCACUCGGAGCGGCAGGUCCUGGAGGAUGCCCACAGCAGGGAGCGGGAUGAGUUGAAAAAGCGAGUUGCAGACCUAAAGCAAGAAAAUGCUCUCUUGAAAGAUGAGAAAGAACAGCUUAACAACCAGAUCCUGUGCCAGUCUAAAGAUGAGUUUGCUCAGAACUCUAUGAAGGAAAACCUUCUCAUGAAGGAGCUGGAGGAGGAGCGUUCUCGGUACCAGAACCUCGUGAAGGAAUACUCUCAGCUGGAGCAGAGAUACGACAACCUGCGGGACGAGCAAACCCCAGGCCACAGGAGGAACCCAUCGAACCAAAGUAGCUUAGAGUCUGACUCCAAUUACCCCUCCGUCUCUACCUCUGAGGUCGGAGACACUGAGGACACCCUCCAACAGGUGGAGGAGAUCGGUGUGGAGAAGGCAGCCAUGGACAUGACAGUCUUCCUGAAGCUACAGAAGAGAGUGCGGGAGCUUGAACAGGAGCGGAAGAAGCUACAGGUGCAGCUGGAAAAGAGAGAGCAGCAAGAGAGCAAAAAAGGCCAGAUGGAACAACCAAAGAAUGACAUAGGAUUGGACCAGGAUUCAGAUCUGGCCUACAACAGUCUGAAGAGGCAAGAGCUGGAAUCGGAGAAUAAGAAGCUAAAAAAUGACCUAAACGAGCUGAGGAAAGCUGUAGCUGAUCAAGCCACACAGAACAACUUUCCUCACAGUUCCCCAGAUGGUUACAGCCUCCUGCUGAACCAACUCAAGCUAGCCAAUGAGGAGCUCGAGGUCCGGAAGGAGGAGGUGCUCAUCCUCAGGACCCAGAUCGUGAACGCUGACCAGCACCGACUUGCUGGCAAAAGCACGGAGCCGAACAUUAAUGCUAGAACAAGCUGGCCUAACAGUGAAAAACACGUGGAUCAGGAGGAUGCCAUUGAAGCCUAUCAUGGGGUCUGCCAGACAAACAGGCUGCUGGAAGCACAGUUGCAGGCCCAGAGCCUCGAGCAUGAGGAGGAAGUGGAAAAUCUCAAGGCCCAGCUGGAGGCUCUGAAAGAGGAGAUGGACAAGCAGCAACAGACCUUCUGCCAGACACUGCUGCUCUCCCCAGAGGCCCAGGUGGACUUUGGUGUCCAGCAGGAAAUAUCCCGGCUGACCAAUGAGAAUCUGGACCUUAAAGAAUUGGUUGAGAAGCUGGAAAAGAAUGAGAGAAAGUUAAAAAAGCAACUGAAGAUUUACAUGAAGAAAGCCCAAGACCUAGAAGCUGCCCAGGCGUUGGCCCAGAGUGAUAGGAGGCACCAUGAGCUGACCAGGCAGGUCACGGUCCAGCGGAAAGAGAAGGACUUCCAGGGCAUGCUGGAGUACCACAAGGAGGACGAGGCCGCCCUCAUCAGGAACCUGGUGACAGACCUGAAGCCCCAGAUGUUGUCUGGCACAGUGCCCUGUCUCCCCGCAUACAUCCUCUACAUGUGCAUCAGACACGCGGAUUAUACCAAUGACGACCUCAAGGUGCACUCCUUGCUGACCUCCACCAUCAAUGGCAUUAAGAAAGUUCUGAAGAAACACAACGACGACUUUGAGAUGACAACGUUCUGGUUAUCCAAUACCUGCCGCCUCCUUCACUGUUUGAAGCAGUACAGUGGCGAUGAGGGCUUCAUGACCCAAAACACUGCGAAGCAGAAUGAGCACUGUCUUAAGAACUUUGACCUCACUGAAUACCGCCAGGUGCUGAGUGACCUUUCCAUUCAGAUCUACCAACAGCUCAUUAAAAUCGCCGAGGGUUUGCUGCAACCUAUGAUAGUUUCCGCCAUGCUGGAAAAUGAAAGCAUUCAGGGUCUGUCUGGUGUGAAGCCAACAGGCUACCGGAAGCGCUCCUCUAGUAUGGUAGAUGGGGAUAACUCAUACUGCCUGGAGGCCAUCAUCCACCAGAUGAAUUCCUUUCAUACGGUGAUGUGUGACCAGGGCCUGGAUCCUGAGAUCAUCCUGCAGGUGUUCAAACAGCUCUUCUACAUGAUCAAUGCAGUGACUCUCAACAACCUCCUCCUGCGGAAGGACGUCUGCUCUUGGAGCACGGGGAUGCAGCUCAGGUACAACAUAAGCCAACUUGAAGAGUGGCUUCGAGGAAGAAACCUUCACCAGAGUGGAGCAGUUCAGACCAUGGAACCUCUGAUCCAGGCAGCCCAACUCCUGCAGUUGAAGAAGAAAACUCGUGAGGAUGCAGAGGCCAUCUGCUCUCUGUGUACCUCCCUCAGCACCCAGCAGAUUGUCAAAAUUUUAAACCUUUAUACUCCCCUGAACGAAUUUGAAGAACGAGUAACAGUGUCUUUUAUACGAACAAUCCAGGCACAACUACAAGACCGGAAUGACCCUCAGCAACUGCUGUUAGACUUCAAACACAUGUUUCCAGUUUUGUUUCCAUUUAAUCCAUCUUCUCUGACUAUGGACUCAAUCCACAUUCCAGCAUGUCUCAACCUAGAAUUCCUCAAUGAAGUCUGAAGAUGCAUCUUUCCAGCAUCAGCUCAGUUUCCAUUGAGCACAGCAAGAAAACAUAUGCAGUUGUGUGAAUCUUAGGACCUGUUAAAUCUGGUAAAAGUGGAUCAAAUCAGAGAUGGAGAGAGUGCUGAAUUAAGAAUAAAACACAUCUGUCAUUAAUUUUUGUAUCUACUCUCAGAAUAAAAACACUUGAAAUAUGGAA